AUGGCGGUGGCGCGACGUCGUCGGGAGACGCUGGACGCGGAGACGUUGGAUGAUUUGCUCGGGAAGAGCGCCGAGGCGAAGCGCGCCGAGUGGGCGGCGGCGGACGACGACGCGUUACUGGCGGUGAUCGAGACGUAUCGGAACGCGGUGCGGACGUUGAAGGGUGAGAUUGAGAAGUGUGGAGGGGUGGUGCGAGGCGUGGACGCGGUGGAGCUGCGCGAACGAGCGUCGUCCGGAAGCGACGAGGACGAGGACGAGGACGAGGCGGAGGGACCGAACAUCGACGACAUCGAUCCGAGAGAGUGGAUGGUGCCGCCGCAGUGCAUUCCGGUGCACGCGAACGUGACGACGUACGAUUGGAGGCCGAUGUACGAACACGAACAGUUUGACGUGAUCAUGAUGGAUCCGCCUUGGCAGUUGGCGACGGCGAAUCCGACGCGAGGGGUGAGCCUGGGGUACUCGCAGCUCACCGACCAAGACAUUGCGAACCUGCCGCUGCCGCAGUUGCAAAAGAACGGCCUGCUCUUCGUGUGGGUGAUUAACGCCAAAUAUCAGUGGUGCUUGAACCAGUUCAAGAAAUGGGGAUACGAGUUCGUGGACGAGAUCGUUUGGGUCAAGGUGACGAACUCGCGACGACUUGCAAAGUCGCACGGCUUUUACCUUCAGCACGCAAAGGAGGUGUGCCUCGUCGCGCGAAGAGGCGACACCCCGCCCGGAUUGAAGGAUAAAGCGAUCGGUAGCGACAUCAUCUUUGCGCCGAGACGUGGACAAUCCCAAAAGCCGACGGAGAUUUACGAGCUCAUCGAGGAGCUCGUCCCGAACGGGAGGUACCUGGAGAUCUUCGCCCGCAAGAACAACCUGCGCGAUUUCUGGGUCUCUGUGGGUAACGAAGUCACCGGCACCGGUCUGCCCCCGGAUGACGUCAAGGCAUUCGAAGAACGCGGGGCCAUCCCGAGCGCAAAGUACGGCGCCGGUAACCGAUGA